AUGGGAAUAAUAACUUCACCUUGUGUCUCGGACUCUUAUAAGAGGAUCCUGCUCCCGCUGACCUACAGCCUGGUGUUUGUUGUGGGUCUGACCCUGAAUGGAGCACUGCUGUGGGUGGUGUGCUUCCGGACCCGGACCUGGAUCUGCUCAGUCAUCUACCUGACCGUGGCUGACCUGCUGUACGUGCUGUCCUUGCCGCUCCUCAUCGUCAGCUACGCCAUGGACGACGUACGGCCCUUCGGCGACAUCAUCUGCAAAGCCAUCAGAUUCUUCUUCUAUACGUACCUCCACUGCAGCAUGAUGUUCCUCAUAUGCAUCAGCAUUCACCGGUUCCUCGAUCAAUAG